AGAGUCUAGCUCGUCCAGUAAAGAAAGACAAUAGUAAAACCCUGGAUGUUGGAGUUUAUAAUAUCAACCCAAUGUUGAAAUUAUAAAGCUCAAGAAGACCAAAAGAUGAUCCAAACUUUGCGAUUGCUUACUUCAAUGAUAUCAACUUUAAUUCUCACUUUAGCCAGAGUCUUUAACAGUCGAAUUUUAGCCUGAUAUCAUAUUUUUAAACUCUUACUUCAAGCUUCAGCAAACAUACAAUCAUAUCAGAUCACAUUACGAUAAUAAAUCACCAAAAACGAUUCUUUUCCUAAAGAAAUUCCUAAAAAUAUUCCCGAAUGUCGCUCCUCAAGAACAGAGAAAUGGAAUUGAAGAAUGAUUUAUUUUCUCCUGCUUGGUCCCUCUAUGAGAAACCAUUGUGUCCAUACCAUAAGUUCGUAGAGGGUAUUUGCGAACUAACAAGUAAGCUGAAGUACCAUAGAAAAUUCCAGUAAUUUCCAUGAGAAGCAAAGCUUCGCUUGGCUGAAAUUUAUUUCCGGCUUAAACAAAACAGAAGCUUUUAGUUUUACGAUACUGACUUUUAACAUUUUCAACCAUGGGAGAUUCAUAAAAAGUAAUG